UAGUGUCACAGUCCGUUCUGCUCAUCAUUUGUGUCUGUGCUGCCUAGCCUCCAACCUCGAGUUUGGUUCUGUCAGGGAGAGGGAAUGCCCGAAUCACUCCAAUUCAAUUUUCGGACAAAUUCUGGAGGCCAUCAUCGACUUGGCAAGCAAAAUCGGCUGUCAUUUUUUUUUGUAGUGUCAUUGCAUGACAGAUUCCAAACACGACUGACUUGGCAAGCAGAGCUAUCUGCCAACGGAGCAAAUCCUUGGAGCUUCCAUAGUAUUAGAUUCGGUCUUUAGGCGACCGUUGCUGGCGCCAGGAACUGCUCCCUGUUACCCGUACGCACAAACAUGGGAUGGACGGACGCGGUCAGUGACAGGAUGGCUCGGCUACUCGCGACAGCAAGCCGGCGAGGCAAAUGCGAAACAUCGACAGAAGAGAAUCAACGAGGAGGGUUUCCCGCAAAGGUGCGUCAAUCCGAUCCAGUGAUUUACGACGAAUCCGUGGACAGCGCCAGCAGCUUCGCAGCAACUUCCUUCAGCAGCACCACCGCCUCCACCACCUUGAGGCGAGGCGCACCCAGCGGCUCAGCUGUCUCAGGUCCUGAAGACGUCUCACGCGGAGCAGCCGGAGCAACAGGACCAGACUCAGGAACUCCCUCAGGCAUGGCAGUACCAGCAGGUUUAGGCGAAGGCUCCGGGUUAGGGACGCCGGGAAGACGAACCCCGGUAAAAUCAGCAGCGGCGGAAGGACUAGGGAGCGGCUACAGUGACGAUUCGGCCCAGAUAGCUUCAGCGACGGCAGCAGCAGUGGCAGCAGCAGCCGCUGCCGCUGCUGCUGAUUCCGGCUCGGGAAGAGUGGGGCGAAAGCCUCCCCGCGUGCCGUCGACGUUGAGCGUGGAUGAUGAGUUCGAAGGGCCGGACACGUCCUCCCUCGCUGCGUUUCUGCUGUCGCUGCUCAGCAUCAAUCCGCGGGGGAACAAGGCGAGUUCGGAUACCUGCUCGGAGUCAGGGGGGUCGUAUAUAGACUCGGAUUUUGACGAUGAGGAGUAUGAGGAGGUGGGGGAGGAGGAGGAUGGGGUGGUAGGAGGGGAGGGAAGAGGGGAAUCGGUGCUGCAUGGUUUGGGGGGAGGGCAAGAAGGGAGGGUGAGGAGAAGGGGGAGAACUGGAGUAGGAGGGGAGUCUGGGGGGGAGGAGGGAGGGGAGGGACAGGAGGAAGGGCUGAAGAUGUGGGACGCUGGGGAGGGUGGUAGGGGAAGAGGGGGAGGGAGUGGGGGAGGGAGUGGGGGAGGGAGUGGGGGAGGGAGUGGGGGAGGGGCAAGGCGGGGCUGGCUUCCCCCGUUUAUAUCACGCUUUGCGUCUGGACCAAAGGGGGCUCGAUCGCGGGACUCCUCGCCCUCUCUCACCCCGUCUUCCUCCUCCUCCUCCCUCUCUGCUGAUGCUGGAUGCGGUGACGUGGCGCUGACGCCCGCAUCCAGGCUGGAGGCGCGAGAGAACAACGGGGGCGCGAAUCAGCAAAGUCUGCACGCAUCCGCUACGUUAGCAGCAUCUGCAGAAGUGGUAGCAGCAGCAGGAGCCGUAUCAGGAGCAGCACCAGGGGCAGUGUCAGGAGCAGCACCAGGGGCAGCGGGUGUGUCGGGAGCAGCAGAAAUACUCCAACAGAGGAUGUCCGAGCCUGUCACCUCAGCCGAUUACUCCCCAGCUCUCAGCUCCCGGGCCUCCGAGCCAGGUUCGAGGAACCUUGGGAGCAGCAGAGAGCGGGUAACGUCUCCCAUGGGGAGUGGGAGGGAGAGUAGUGCAAGGGAGAGAAUACUCUCUCCAAACUCUGGGAGUGGGAGGGAGGAGAGUGGAAGGGAGGGUAGCGGAAGGGAGAGAAUUCUGUCUCCGAAUUCUCUGGAGGCUUCGCCACUGAUGAGUCCCAGGCUUCCGGACAUGAUGGACGAGUCGUUCCUGCUGUCCGACACGUGUCGCAGCGUGAUUUGCCAGAGCCUACCCGCCAUUGCCAGUGGACGGGAGUGGGUUCUUCUGUACAGCACAUUCAAGCACGGCAUCUCCCUAUCGACCCUCUAUCGCCGCAGCUCCAUGAUGCCAGGCCCCUGCCUGCUGGUGGUGACAGAAGACAAUGGUACGGUCUUUGGUGGCUUCUCAUCUCAAGCCCUUGUAGCCUCCAACCGCAGGAAAUACCAGGGAUCUAGUGACGUCUUUGUUUUCACCACCAUUACAGGCCAGCCAAUGGUGUAUAAGGCCACAGCUGCCAAUCGCUAUUUCAUCCUGUGUCUGAACGAAGCCCUUUCAUUUGGAGGAGGAGGCCACUUCGCCCUGUGCCUGCAGGAGGACCUUCUGACAGGCUCCAGCGGUGCUUGUGAAACAUUCUGCAGUCCGUGCCUCUCAAAGUCGGAGGACUUCAAGAUUAAACACGUGGAGCUGUGGGGUUUUGCACACCAGUCUCGAUAUGCACCAACCAAGGCCAAUUGGCAUGAACCAUCCCAGCCACAGGGCUUCCACGCCAAUUGGUAAUGGACUCUGGUGAUUGCAUGAGAUUACAGCCUCCACUCCACUCUUGUAUCUACCAUAUGUAACAUCGUGCCUGUUUUGCCUCUUAUGUCUGUGCUAUGACUUCAAUCAUUAUAUAUUCUAAUGUUCACCAAUCUUGCACGUUCUCCUAUAUGAAUGUCAA